CCGUCAACGUUGACUGGAGGCAUGGCCCAUUGAAUUUAGUGAGGGGGUAGCAAAAGUCCAAUGGCAGAAGGAGUGCCAGCAGCUUCCAGUCAGCUGCCGCAAUUCAUGGAGAGUCGAUACGACGUUUAUGAGCGGAACACCUUUCUUGACUUUCCAGCGCCGAAGCCAUUGCCACUGGAGAAAGCGCAAACUGAUCCACCCCCUGGUUUGGAAGGAAUCUAUGGAUCCAGAAAAUUUGUUUCAGAAACUGAACAUUCAGAAGACUCCACGGCUGCAGAUGAAGCUGAAGAAGCUCCUCCACCAUUGCCUCUGGAAGUUUUUGUGACACCAGAUUGCUUUGAAGAUGUGCAAUGGCUCCCGGAGAUGCAGCCCAAGCCCCUCUCUGCUGCAGCACCUGCAUUCAUUCCCUGCCAUAUUGCGAAUGCUUUGCCAGGUGCCUUGCCAGGUGCCUUGCCAGGUACCUUGCCAGGUGCCUUGCCAGGGGCCGUGCCCGGGGCUCUGCCUGGAAUGCCAGACCCUUCAGGCCAACCAUCCAGUCCUGCCGAGCCACGGCCCAGAAAGCAGAUCAGUUUGGAAGAGAUGCUGGGCGGCCUUGACCACCUUGGCCCAGAGAUGUCGUCACCACCUUUGGUGCCAAUGCCCGUGCCCGGAGGGGCACCAAAAUGGCUCCCUGCACCACCAGCAAUGCCAGCACCGAUGUUGGCAGAACCUCCAUCACCGGAGGUGCCCACGGAGAUUGCGGUGGCAGGCCCAAACCUUCCUGAAAGCGAGCUGCAGCUAGGGCAGCUGGUUUGCCAGGUGCUGGCAAAUGGCUGCUGGGAUGUGCACUGGUCUGUAGACAGCCGCCAGCUCUACAACACAACGGUUCGGUUAGUCUCCAGCAGCUUCACGCUGGACCUACCCAAUGUCGGCACUGUGCCAUUCAAGGCUUUCUUGCAUCCAAAGGUCGUGAUCAACAACAAGCGAGGUGGAGGCUUCAAAAAAGCCAAGGGCAAAGGCAGCGUGGUACUGAAGUGUGAGGCUGAGGACGCCUCUGGAUGCCCAAAGAUUCAUGUAGCAUUCCGAGUCGGAAGGGCGAAGGUGCCACCUCGGAUCGUUGAGGAGCAUGACUUCACAGAGCAAAGCUGCUGCUGCCUUCCAGACCCUCAGCAGGAGUGGGACUUCAGGAGCUUAGUGGAUGAAGCUACAGGAGCUCUGUUGGUGUCUAUGCGAGUUGAAGUGGCCUCGGCCUCACAUUGAGAAGCUUCGACUUUUUUGGAGCAGUCAGCAGUCUCACUGAUUUCACCGCAAUUGGCAGAUGCGUUUAUAUUGAU